AUGAGUGGCUCCGUAAAGGAUUUGAUACGCAAUAUCCGGGGCUCGAAAACCGCAUCAGAAGAAAGAUCGGUUUUAGCAAAGGAAUGUGCCAAAAUUAGGAGUUCAUUGAACAGCGAUAGUCUAACAUCACGUCGUAGAAACAUAUCGAAACUGUUGUUUAUUAAUUUGCUGGGACACCCGACCAAUUUUGGACAAGUCGAGUGUAUAAAGUUAAUAGCGUCGAGUAAAUUUUACGAUAAGAGAACAGGAUACCUAGCAUUGAAUUUACUGCUGAACGAGGAUUCAGAAGUGCUAAUGCUGGCAACAAAUUCAAUAAAAAUAGAUUUAAAUGACCCGAACCCGUACGUAAGAGAGAUGGCGCUGAGAGCAUUGGCAAACGUGGGAACGAAUGAAAUGCUGAGAGAGCUGCAGUACGAAAUAGAAGCUAACAUGGCACACAACGUGCCGAACAUAAGGAAGAAGGCAACAGUGUGCACAGUGAGGAUGCUGAGAAAGGAAGCAAAUCGCAAUUUGACGCCAGACAGCAUAAGCGUGAGUCUGGCGAGGUCGUACCUGAAGUACAUAGAGACCCUGGUGGGAGACUACGACAACGGAGUUAAGCUGGCAGGCUUGUCACUGAUGUCAGUGAUGCUGGACCACUACACAGAAAUAUGUGACCUAAACCAGUUCUAUGAGCUACUGAUAAGAGCACUGGCGCAGACGCUGAGUACGAAUCAGGCGAGCUUCGCAGUGACGAUACCAGCAGGGUCGGAAACAUUCACGCACCAAAGCGUGUUCAACGACCAGGCGCUGGACGACCCGUUCCUGAAGAUAAAGCUGCUGAAGCAGCUGAAGAAGGUGUACCUGAAGCUGACGUCGAGCAGGUCGCAGCAGCCUGCGGGAGGUGGAGAGAGUGGCGGAAAUUUACUGGGCGACACCGCGAGUUUCGACACGAGGCCUCUGAGCUACAGAGAGAAGCUGUACGAGGUAGUGUCGACGAUAAUCAACUCGGUGAAGUUCGACGGAAACAGGAACUACGCAAUACUGCUGGAGUGCGUGUCGGCAAUAGACAGCGACUUCGGAGAAGAAAGGUUCAACGACCUGGGAAAGCUGGUGGUGAAGAAGUUCAUGUCAGGAAAGGACAAUAACGUUAAGUACCUGGCGCUGGGAAUCAUCAUGAAGCUGCACAACGUCAACAUGGUGCUGGGAGACACGAACUGGACGAUAAUAGUGCAGUCGCUGAAGCAGCCGGACAUGUCGAUAAGGAAGAAGGCGCUGGAAGUGGCACUGAAGGUGGUAAACGGGGCGAUUUUGGACCCGCUGCUGAGCUACCUCUACGAGUACCUGCUCUCUGCGGACGAGGACACGAGGAAGGAGAGCAUGUACAGCAUAUUCAACUGCGUGAAGAAGCACUCGGAAGACGUGGCGUACAAGCUGCAGGUCUUCGUGAAGAUGUUCACAAUCGCAGGGAACUCGGUGCAGGACCUCAUAAUGUUCGAGUUCAUAGAGCUGCUGGUCUCGAGCGGAGAGGAGGUGAGAAGGAGGACGACGCUGGAGCUGCUGAAGGUGCUGCGCCACAACAUGGGCCAGUCGGCGCUGGUCAAGUCGUCGCUGUACGCAGUGGGCGAGUACUACGACCUGCUGUCGCUGGAGGACCUGAAGAACGUGUUCAGCACGCACGUGCCGCUGAGCGCAAGGAGCGGCUCGGGCAGCAGAGUGAACAAGGCGGGCGACUACGCUGCCACGCCAAGUGCCGAGUACAAGAGCUUCGGGGGAUUGAGCGAAGGAGUAGGUGGGAUCCGUGGAAGCGCCCACACGAGUGACGCAAGAAACGGGUACGCAGACGGAACUGGCCUCAGCAAGAUGACAAACGAGACGAGCGUGGAUCUGCUUCUGGACCUGUCGACGCCGACGAAUCGCAACAGCCAGAGCGCCAGGAGGGACUACGGAACAAUAUACGAGACGACUGAGGACGACCUGCUCCUUGACGUGUUCUCGCCUGAAAACUCGGCAUCCAGCAACAAUGAAGUCAAUGCAGUCAACGCAAUGAACACAGCACCGACGACUAACACGGGAGAAACGUUCGACCUGUAUGACCUGGCAACGCCAAAGGCGAAUCUGGACAUCACGGGUGUCCUAGGCGUUGGAGCCGUGGGCGUGAGUGGUGACCUGAACCUGGCCUACUUAGAGAGCCCAGCCAGGGUAGACCACCCAGGAAGUACAUCCAUACUAAACCACCCAGGAAGUACAUCCAAGAGGAUGAAUUUGAACGACACUGCGAGUCCAGUGAGGUUGGAAGGUGGCGUCAGUGCGAACAACAGUCAGGACUACGAGUCGAUGCUGGUGGAGUUAAUGGAAAACGUAACCAUGCGGCUGCUGACCAAAAACCUGCUCAACGAGUGCGAAUAUCUCAUCACGUGCGUGGGCAAGCUGUCGCAAAAGAUGCCGAGGCAGGUGGAGAGUCUCAGGAAGAUUCUCAAGAGGUUCAGAAGACACAGCAACCCGGAGCUGCAGCAGAGGUCGUGCGAGCUGGAGAUAAUUCUGAAGGAGAACAUAAUGUCACUGGCGACCGCAGCAGAGAGGCCACUGUCCGAGCUCUACAACGAGGACGAAGUCGCCAGUGGGUCCGGAGGCGGGAGCUUGUUAGCGGACGAUUUUGCCGACAGCGUUCCCGUUUAUGGCAACGAAAAUGCCAAGCACAAUGUUGGUGAUGUUGGUGGUAAUUUGGUUCUUGGCAACGACAAUGCCAGUAAUUUUGGUGUUGGUGGUAACUUUGGUGGUGAUGUUGCUGAUGCCAGUAAUGACAGGGUCAGUGACAUAUUCGACGAGUUCUUCAGCACCUCUGACAGCACGAGUACGCAGACACGCGUCACCACAACCAACACCACUACUAUUAACAUGAACACUGUUAACACCACUACUAUUAACACGAGCACUAUAUCUAGUAACACUGGUUCCAUUAACACGAACACCAACACUAGUAGCACUGUCACUACCAACACUAUCUCUAGUAACACCAACACCAGCUCCACUGCAAACGCACUGGACAGUGUAGACUUCACUGGCGACAGGGACCCUUUCAACAUGGACAAGCUGGCGAACAGCAUAGUGCAGAACGUGUCGGUGGCGAGCGCGCGAGAGAACCGAGAGGACGACUUUCAGCAGUUCGACCCCUUUUAG